AUGUCUGCCUCCCCAUCUGGCAUGUCGAAUGGACGAACUCCUACUCCCACUCCCAACAGCGGCGGCGCACCACAGUUUACACGUAAACCCAAGGCUGCCGAUCCUCUGAGACCACGAAAGAAACCCGUCCGCCGACCAAAUGUACCUUCUAAACCUCCCGGCGCGAACUUGAACGGCUUGACACCAGCUAGGCCCAACGGGCCUACAUCUUUAAACAACUUUUCCGGACCACGCGCACCAGGUCCUAGAGGCCCAGUUCCUAUCAAUGGCAACGUUGCGCCUAGACAAACAUAUGGUGGUUGGACACAUCCUCCCAAGGGAGAAGUUACAGAUUUCCCACUCUUCACUACCAGGAGGGCGUUGCGCGAUGGAUUACGAUACCAUGCCAUGAGAUUUGCUGGAAAGAAAGAGGUUGACCCAACAAAUCAGGACGAGUUCACGCGACCAAUCUCCCUUCAUCGCAGAGAUCCUCGACAACCACCACCUGGUAAGGCAUUCAAGGACGAAGACACAGUAAUGGAGGAUGUGGUCGACUCCAAGGAGAGAGAAAGACAAGAAAUAUUGAAGGCAGAGAAGGAAGCACAAAAGGCUGCCGAUCGUGCGCAGAUUGCUCCUACCAGCAACAAUGCUAAUGCAUCAGCUGCUAAAAAAGCUCAAGCUUUUCGAAAUGAAAAGACUACCCAGGUACAUCGACUUGAUAAGACAGCAGAACAGAAAAAAGAGUCUGAUCUCAGAUACGAGGAAGCUUUACCUUGGCACCUAGAAGAUGCUGAUAAUAAGAAUACUUGGGUCGGUAAUUAUGAGAGUGCUUUGUCGGAAGUCAAUGUUAUGUUUUUUACAGAGGGAAGUUCUUUCAGGAUGAUUCCGGUUGAAAAAUGGUACAAGUUUACCUCAAAGAACAAGUUUAACACUCUCACAAUCGAUGAAGCCGAAGCAUUGUUGAGUAAGAAGACCAAGGAAUCUAGAUGGGCCAUGAAGACGCAAGAGAAAAAUGAGGCCCAACGUGCAACCCAAGAAAAUAUUCAAGGACUGAAUAGGCUGUAUACUGUCAAGGCUGAGAGUCAAAGCUUCAGAGGAUCUAGCAGGAAUGAAACGAGAGACAUUGAUGAACUUGAUUUCGAUGCUGAUGACUUAUUCCAGGAUGAUGAUGAGCUUCCCACAGUUGAGCCAGAUAGGGAUGAAGAUACAAAAGACGCUCAAGAAAGAAUUAAGCAAGAUCAGAGAGGAGCAAACUUAUUCGGAGAAGCAGAUGAAGAGGCUGUGGAGAAAGACUUCAUGAAAGAGGAGCAAGAAUUAGAGGCACAGAAAAAGUUAGGAAAGGGUGUCCGUAAGGCUUUGACUAAGCGCGAGAAGAAUUUCAUUUAUGAUAGUGAUUCUAGUAAUCCAUAUGCUUCUUCAGAUAGCGAGGAUGAUACCUCCGAUGAAGAGAAGCAAAAGGAAAUCGACAAGAAGAAAGAUGAAGAGGCUAAAGCCAAGUUAAAGGCUGAAGCAAAGACUCCCGGAACCUCAUCGAAGGGAAACAAUACACCUUCCGGUCGACCCAAGCACACUGAUCCUUUGAAGAAGACUAAAAGUCUCAAAAGAGCAGGAUCUCCUAAUUUGUCAGAAUCCUCUGGAAAUGAAUCAUCUAGAAAGAAGCAUAAGAAGAAGCACGUUGGCUCAUCACAACCUACAGGUCAACCUCAGAGAAAAUCUUCUAUCGUCAAGAUGUCCGUAAAUGCAUCCGAACUUUCACGAAUCAGCUCUUCACCACCAAACCCUCAAGGGGCAACAAGCGAUGGAGAAGCUACAGGAGGUGAAAUGUCAGAUGGAGCAGGUGGAAAGAAGAAAAAGAUUACCCUUCGUAUGGGAGGAUCACCAACAGCUUCAAGACCGGCUAGUCCAGCCCCAGGUAAAUCUAGCAGUAGCCGUGCUGGAAGUCCUGCUCAAGGAACUGAACAUGCAGGAUCAUCUAGUUCCGGACCUAUUACACCUAAAGAAAUUAUUGCUGCUUUACCUUCGGCGGGUAUCUCCAUUGGUCAAUUGCUUGGUCAUUUCCGUGGUAGAGUCGGUGAUUCUGAUGGACAAACCACUAAAAAAGAAUUUAUGGCAAUGAUUAAGACGAACUCUAAAUAUGGAGCGGAUAAACUUUUGCGACCAAAGGUUUAA